UCCCGUUUUGUGUGUCCCUGGGUGUCACUGUGCGGGUCGUGUGUCCUUGCGGCGCCGGGCUGUGUGGCUCUCUCCGCGCCCACCGCGUCGGCCCCCGGGCCCCGGCUCGCCCUUCCCAGGAGCCGGCUGCACCGGAGGCCCAGAACAGGCUUCCUGGAACCCAUGACCCAUGAAGUCCUGUCAACAUUCACACCAUCUGAGGGUAUCAGUGAUGAAGUAGAAGAAGCAGGGACAAGUAAAAGUUGUGGGGCUCUCCAGUUGCCCAGGAACCUCCCUGGCUGCCAAGAGGGGGCUGUCAUACAGGAUGGGAGCUGCAGGACAAGUGGCUUAAAGAGACUGCUGUGGAGAAACUGGGCUGGAGCGUGUGCUGGUGAUCCAGCUCAUGCAGGCAGGGCCAGGCCGUGGAGCUGCCCUUCUCAAGUCCCAUGAGGAGGCUGAAGCAGUCAGGACGGAGUCACGUCUGAUGAGAAGUCAACAGAGUGUAGCAGGGGAUUGCUGUACCUCUUUGAGUGACUCUGGUGGCUUAUGGGACGCUGGCUUUGGACCCUUUGUGACACACCACGCCGCGUGGGAUGAUGGUGAUGCAGAGAGGAAAGAGGCCCGAGGUCACACUCGCUUGCCUCCUCUUGGCCACGGUGGGCUGCUUCGCGGACCUAAGCGAGGUCCCUCAGGUCACCGUCCAGCCUUCUUCCACCGUCCAGAAGCUGGGAGGCACCGUGAUCCUGGGCUGCGUGGUGGAGCCCCCCUGGAUGAACACCACCUGGCGCCUGAACGGGAAGGAGCUGAGCGGCUCGGAUGACGCCCUGGGCGUCCUCAUCACCCACGGGACCCUGGUCAUCACUGCCCUCAACAACCACACUGUGGGACGGUACCAGUGUGUGGCCCGGAUGCCUGCAGGGGCCGUGGCCAGCGUGCCAGCCACCGUGACACUAGCCAAUCUCCAGGAUUUCAAGUUAGAUGUGCAGCAUGUGAUUGAAGUGGAUGAGGGGAACACGGCGGUCAUUGCCUGCCACCUUCCCGAGAGCCACCCAAAAGCCCAGGUCCGAUACAGCGUCAAACAGGAGUGGCUGGAGGCCUCCAGAGAUAACUACCUGAUCAUGCCAUCGGGGAACCUCCAGAUCGUGAACGCCAGCCAGGAGGACGAGGGCAUGUACAAGUGUGCCGCCUACAACCCGGUGACGCAGGAAGUGAAAACCUCCGGCUCUGGCGACAGGCUGCGCGUGCGCCGCUCCACCGCUGAGGCCGCCCGCAUCAUCUACCCGCCGGAGGCCCAGACCAUCGUUGUCACCAAAGGCCAGAGUCUCAUCCUGGAGUGUGUGGCCAGUGGGAUCCCACCCCCAAGGGUCACCUGGGCCAAGGACGGGUCCAGUGUCGCCAGCUACAACAAGACGCGUUUCCUGCUGAGCAACCUCCUCAUCGACACCACCAGCGAGGAGGACUCGGGGACCUACCGCUGCAUGGCUGACAAUGGGGUUGGGGAUCCCGGGGCCGCGGUCAUCCUCUACAGCGUCCAGGUGUUCGAACCCCCCGAGGUCACCGUGGAGCUGUCCCAGCUGGUCGUCCCUUGGGGCCAGAGCGCCAAGCUCACCUGUGAGGUGCGCGGGAACCCCCCGCCCUCCGUGCUGUGGCUGAGGAACGCUGUGCCCCUCGCCUCCAGCCAGCGCCUCCGACUGUCCCCGAGGGCCCUGCGGGUGGUCCGCGUGGGGCCCGAGGACGAAGGCGUCUACCAGUGCAUGGCCGAGAAUGAAGUCGGGAGUGCCCAUGCCGUGGUCCAGCUGAGGACCGCCAGGCCAGGCACCACCCUGAGGCCAGGGCGGGAUGCGAAGCCGGCCACUGCCCCACCUCCCGCGCCUCCGUCCAGACCCGGCAGCCCCGACCAGCUGUCGAAGGGCCCCCCGGGGCUGCUGAGGCCCCCGGCGUCAGCGCAGCCAGCGCCCCCGCGGUGCCCCGGGGAGCAGGGCCAGGUGGCUGCUGCUGAGGCGCCUGUCAUCCUCAGCUCGCCCCGCACCUCCAAGACUGACUCGUACGAGCUGGUGUGGCGGCCGCGGCACGAGGGCGGCAGCCGGGCGCCGAUCCUCUACUACGUGGUCAAACACCGCAAGCAGGUCACAAACUCUUCUGACGAUUGGACCACCUCUGGCAUUCCAGCCAGCCAGCACCGCCUGACCCUCACCAGACUCGACCCUGGGAGCCUGUACGAAGUGGAGAUGGCAGCCUACAACUGUGCAGGCGAAGGCCAGACGGCCAUGGUCACCUUCCGAACUGGACGGCGGCCCAAACCUGAAAUCAUAGCCAGCAAGGAGCACCAGAUCCAGCGAGAUGACCCUGGAGCCAGCCCCCAGAGCAGCAGCCAGCCAGACCAUGGCCGCCUGUCCCGUAAGCCCCCCGCCGCCCAAGGGUUGGGGGGACGCGCAGUCAGAACUAGAACCAGCACCACCGCCUCAGAAGGCUCACUGCUGCAGGCCCCAGAAGCUCCAGACAGGCCCACUAUCUCCAUGGCCUCGGAGACCUCGGUAUACGUGACCUGGAUUCCCCGCGGGAACGGCGGCUUCCCCAUCCAGUCCUUCCGUGUGGAGUACAAGAAGCUGAAGAAGGUGGGGGACUGGAUUCUGGCCACCAGCGCCAUCCCUCCCUCCCGGCUCUCGGUGGAGAUCACAGGCCUGGAGAAAGGCACCUCCUACAAGUUCCGAGUCCGGGCUCUGAACAUGCUCGGGGAGAGCGAGCCCAGCGCCCCCUCCCGGCCCUACGUGGUGUCAGGCUACAGCGGCCGUGUGUACGAGAGGCCCGUGGCAGGCCCUUACAUCACCUUCACCGACGCCGUCAACGAGACCACCAUCAUGCUGAAGUGGAUGUAUAUUCCAGCAAGUAACAACAACACCCCAAUCCAUGGCUUCUAUAUCUACUACCGGCCCACGGACAGUGACAACGACAGCGACUACAAGAAGGACGUGGUGGAAGGGGAUAGAUACUGGCACUCCAUCAGCCACCUGCAGCCAGAGACCUCCUACGACAUUAAGAUGCAGUGCUUCAACGAAGGAGGGGAGAGCGAGUUCAGCAAUGUGAUGAUCUGUGAAACCAAAGCUCGGAAGUCUUCUGGUCAUCCCGGUCGACUCCCACCGCCAACGCUGGCGCCGCCUCAGCCACCAGCCCCUGAAACCAUCGAGCGGCCGGUGGGCACGGGGGCCGUGCUGGCCCGCUCCAGCGACCUGCCCUACCUGAUCGUCGGGGUCGUCCUGGGCUCCAUCGUCCUCAUCAUCGUUGCCUUCAUCCCCUUCUGCUUGUGGAGGGCCUGGUCUAAGCAAAAACAUACAACAGACCUGGGUUUUCCUCGAAGUGCCCUUCUGUCCUCCUCCUGCCAAUACACUAUGGUACCGCUGGGAGGGCUCCCAGGCCACCGAGCCAGCGGGCAGCCCUACCUCAGUGGCACCCGUGGACGGGCCUGUGCCGAUGGGGUGCAUGGGAACAGGGCCUGCCCCGCCGCUGCCCUGGGCUGCCCGGGCGUGAAGCCUCAGCAGCGCUGCCCGGGGGAGCUUCAGCAGCAGGGGGGCACCAGCAGCGUGCUGAGCCAGACCGUUCUUGGCGGCGGAUGUGACCCCCACGGUCACCAGAGUCCCAGGGUUCCCAAGCCUAACCCGGACGAAGGCUCGUUCUUAUACACGCUGCCCGUUGACCCCGCUCACCAGCUGCUCCAGCCUCGCCAGGACUUCCGCCGCCUCCAGGAACAGCCUGCAGCCACGGGCCAGCCCGGCGUGAGGAGUGUGCCCCCGAGCCCUGGGCCGGAAGCCACCUGGGACCCUCUUUUUCACCCAGGGCCCCCGUGCUGCUUGGGCCUCGUACCGGUUGAAGAGGUGGACAGUCCUGACUCCUGCCCCGCGGGUAGGGGAGACUGGUGUCCCCAGCACCCCGUGGGGGCCUACGGAGGGCAGGAACUUGGGAUGAGGCUCUCCCCCAGCCCACCGGUGCACGUGUCUUUUGAAACACCACCUCCUACAAUUUAGGCAGAAGCUGACAGCCCGGAAAGACUAUAUAUUGUUUUUUUUUUUAAAAAAAGAGAGAGGAAAUUGGUAUUUAUUUUUCUAUAAUAGCCAUAUUUAUAUAUUUAUGCACUUGUAAAUAAAUGUAUAUGUUUUUAUAAUUCUGGAGAGACAUAGGGAGUCCUCCCCAGUGAGGUCUGAGAUGGAAAACAAAGGAGCUGCAACGUAACAGGAGUCAACGGGGAAAGAUCAGCCCAGCCUGAGGAGGCAGCCCUUCCCUUAGGCCCUCGGCCGCUGCCCAGCAGGCUGCAGGAGGCCCGCAGAGAAGCCCGUGGCAGGAAGACUCCCAGGCACACCGUCCUCAAUGACCGUGAGAGGAAAGCCAGGGCCACGGGAUCCGUGGCCGGAGCCACCCGGGACGUGACGGUGGCUGGAUCUGGUGCUACAGGAAACAUUUUCCCAAGAUGCCCGUGAGACUAGACUAAGACGUGUAUAGUACUAUAAGCAUUAACAAACCUUCCAGAGUCAAUAAUCUGUGGCAGCAUAUCUCUGUAAAAAUAAACACUGUAACGUCUAAAUAAAUGUUUAGUCUUCCCUGUAACCCGCAGCCAGUCACGCAUGAGUCAGCACGCUCUGUAGAUGUCAGGGUUCCAUCUGCGUAACUGAAGAAACAUCCACUUGUGACGUUUUCAGAUCCAUUGAGGAGUGAUCCGGAAAAGGUAGCAAAUGUUUCUAAUUCUGUCUUUUUAAAUACUGAGUGUCCAUUGUGUUUUCAUUAAUGCAGAUGUGUGAUAACUGUUUAGUCCCAGAGGGAGACAGUGUCCAGUGGGUGAGGAGAAACAGAUUCGCCAUUCUGACUGGACUUGAGGUAAAGCUUUGGUCAGAUCGAAGGAAAGAGACUCAUCUGUCUUUUCUGUACACGUGUAUCAAAGGAUAAGUACUUUCUCCCAAAUACUAUUUAGGGAAAUGCCAUACUACAGGUGAACGUGUGGUGCCUGGUGAAAUUCGCUUCCCUUCUUCCCAAAGACACACCAGCAUGGCCAGAGGAGCUGACUCACUAGUUCUUUAAAAUCAACAUUUACUCACUGCCGUCCAAGCACAGGAUCAACCUUUGUACGUGCAGGUGGAAGUAGAUGGAGGCUGAAACUUUUUGCUGAGAGCCCUGACACACUUUGGCUAUUUUCAGGCAGGAAAUGUCCCCUGUAGAUUUCAGCAGCUUUGAGUUACAGAUGAAAUGCCACUUGAGACACUUAAUCCUGUUAAGAGUCAUCAAUGGCAGACCCUAGCUUCACCCGGUCACGAAUUGGAUGAACAAGUCCUAGCAAAGCCCCGGGAGUGACUGACGCGGAUGGUCUAGGGCAAGUGUGCCCUCUGCUGGCCAGAAGAGAUUCAUGCAUCCUUUCUCCAUCCAGCAGCUAAACUGGAACAUGGUUUUCAGAAAAGCAGUAUUUUAAAAAUAUUUUAAGAAAUGAAAGGAAGGACUUUAAGGAAUAUGGAAAUGAUAGGAAAGGAUACAUAGAGCAGGGAAGAGAAGAAAUAAGAUAUUGUGAUUUCAGACAGGGUCUGGCAUCAAGGGCCUAGACGUUACUUCCAGGGGGACAGGUCUCACCUCUCAGAUCUGGGCUGUAACUCAACUUCUAGCCCAUUGACUUUAAAAAAAAAAAAAAAACCCAACUCCCCUUGUUUUUUUUAAUGCUUGAUGAUCCCAGUGGUUGUCAAGGUACGUUUUGGUGAACUUUAUGGAAGUGGUAUGGUUCCAGUGUUGUGCAGAAAGCAGUUUUAUAUAACAGUGCUUUUAGCUCUCGAAGAGAGGCUGGGAAUGAAAAAGCACUUCUAAGGCAGGUUAAAUGGGGUAAAUAUACAUAUUUACUUUAGUCAAUUGCAGGAAAAGGUUAGGGCAUCAGGCCUUUAAAUUUUAGUCUAGAAAAUAAAAUAGCUUAGAUAUUCAAUUUCAUUGCAUUUUGCAUUUCCUUAGAUUCGGGUUAUUAUACUGCCUUUUAAAAGUCUGAUUCAGUCAGCAAUAGCUAUAUAAAUUAAUCGAAAGGAAGAGUAAGACCUACUUGGCCAGGAACUGGUGGGGGUGCAGAGUUGAGCUCAUGGCUCGGCGCAGCUGGACAGGACAGCUGAUUUGGCAGGAAUGAGUAACUCCUUUUCCUGUGAAGUUCUGACAGAGGGGCUGGACUCUCCCAUUUUUCUUUCAGUAUUGAGAUUUGACGAUACUAUGGACGAGGUUCAGAAUAGCCGAGGGACGUUAACAGUUGAUCCACAAGUAACUCAGACUGAUUUUUGGCCUCUUUCAAAGGUGAGGCUCCCUUCUCUAAGGGCACAGCAGGAGGCAGAGAACACCUUGAUCAGGAGACUAGGACAGCUUUCCAUCUACCCCCAGCCAGGGCUGCACCCUGGUGCUUUCCUGUUUGAUAUUAAACCUCGCAAAGGCUCAGAUGCUCAUACUUAAUUAUAGAUUCAAGACUAAGCCUGGGAUGGAUGAAGUGAAACUAAAUUCAUUUUUAUUUUGAAUUAGACAAGAUAUAAAAAUAAAUAGCUUAACUGUAUUUCCAAAUCCCAAACACACUGUAUGAAAGCCUAACAUUGUAAACUUUAGUGAUUUUGUCUAGUUCAAUUUGGGAAAAAGUAAAAAUGCUGACUGGUCUUACCCUAAGUUGAUAUACACAUGGAACCCUUGAUAUGGCUCUUCCAUAGACUAAAUUCAUUCUUGCUGCGAUUAGAAUCACAGGAGUUCAGAAUGGGAAGAAACCUCAGAGCUUAUCCAAAUCUCUCAUUUGUCUGAUAAUGAGGCCCAGGAAAAUAAUGUACCUACCCUGUCACUCAUCACAACAAGGGGACACUGUCUCCUCCAGGACCACCCACCAUAUCCAGGAGGUUGCUCAGGGUGGUAGCCAGCCAGCCAGUCAAGUGAGUAAGUUUGGUAGUAGCCCUUCCAGCUCCAGCCGAGCUUCAGAUGGAUGCAGCCCCAACUCACAGCUUGACUACAGCCUCAUAAGAGACCUGAGCUGGAAAUACCCAGCUAAGUGGCUCCCAGAUUCCUGACCCUCAGCAACUGGGUGAGAUAAGGUUGCUUUAAGCUAUGUUUAGGGGUAACUUUUUAUGCAGGAAUAGAAAAGCACUCAGAGCUAUGAUUAACAUUUUUUUUUCAAAUGCUUGAAGGGCACACAUAGUUUAGGAUGAAGAGCAGAGAACGUGAUAAAGGGUGCUCUCCAGUAGAGAAGCUACUACAUCAGAGCUCUGUGGUGAUAGGAACGAACAGGAAGCUAUUUGGACCUCUUACAUAGGAACAUGAAAGGAUCUUAGAGAGACAGUAGGCCAGGUGGCCGCCUCUAACAGGUAUCUAUUCCAACGUACAAAGAACCCAGCUCCUGUCUAUAAUUUUGGGGGGCAGAUCAGCAUGCUAGCCACAGGUUAGGAAGCCUUGACCUUGCUGAGGUCAUUUUCUACCUUGGUGCAAAAUUGCCUUUUUACCUUUCUUUUUCAGUAACCAAUUCAUAUUCUGGGACAGUUUCAAGGGAGUAGCUCAUUAAAAUGGACCCAUAGAGCACAGAGUUUAAAGUGCUGUUCUAUUGGGUUGGCCAAAACGUUCAUUUGGGUUUUUCCAUAAC